AGCGCUUCCUCAACCCCAACCAACACAAAGCAAAUACCUCACCCAGCUCACACCAGCUCAGCUCAGCUCAGCUCACCAGGCAGAAGAGGAAGGGAAGGAGGAGAACGACGGCGAAGAAGAAGAGAAGCAGAUCACGCCAUGCCAAGACAGUUUCUUGGUAAGAAGGUGAGGUCACAGGAGGCUCCACCCGCAUCCUCAACUACGCCAACAAGGGCGGCCACGGCGGCAGCCUCAAGAACGACAACAACGGCGGCUCCACCAUCGACUGUAAUAACAUCAACUGGUGCAGUGGCGGCCUCAAGCCAUGGACGGUCGAGGACGCCGACACACGGUGACUGUUCCACAGGAAUGACGACAGCGGCGGCUCCGUCUGAGGCUUCUAUAACCCUCACUAACGCAACGACUGCCUCAAGCCAUAUGAGGUCGAUGGCGCCGACACGAGGUGAGGGGUCCUCAAGACUGACAUCAACGGUAACUCCAUCCGAUGCCUCAGUAAAGUCAACUGGCGCAACAACUGCCUCAAGCCAUAUGCGGUCGAUGGCGCCAACACCAGGUGAGGGGUCCUCAAGAAUGACAUCAACGGUAACUCCAUCCGCUGCCUCAGUAAAGUCAACUGGCGCAACGACUGCCUCAAGCCAUAUGCGGUCGAUGGCGCCGACACCAGGUGAGGGAGAUUGCAACCAGUGUAGUAACUCCAUCCACAACGAUUGCAACCAGUUGUAACAAACGUCAUAGUACUUACCACCUAUAGAUAUUUCUAUUUUUACAAUGGAGCAUGGAUAUAAUUUGGAAAGGACGGGAGUACACUUUUGAGGGGAGACAUGCAUUUGUGACUGGUAUUGAUCUCUCUGGUAAUUCUCUAUCUGGUGAGAUCCCUUCAGGGCUGACAAGUCUCAGAGGCAUGUGGUUACUAAAUAUUUCAAGAAAUAAUCUGUCUGGUAGUAUCCCCAAGGAUAUUGGCAAUCUAAAUUUAUUAGAAUCCCUUGACCUCUCUUGGAACAAACUAUCAGGUCAUAUUCCUCCUAGUGUCUCAAACCUGAUGUCCCUCUCCGCUCUCAAUCUAUCCAACAACCUUUUGUCUGGAGACAUACCUACAGGCAGUCAGCUCCAAACACUUGAGGACCCAUCGAUCUACGACAAUAACCUUGGACUUUGUGGCCCUCCAUUGAGCAUUUCAUGCACAAAUAAUUCGAGUAGUACAACACCAGUUGAGGGCGACCAUGAACAUGAAACAGUGUGGUUGUACUAAUCGGUGAUUGCUGGAACUGUCUUCGGUUUCUGGGUAUGGUUUGGAGCAUUGUUCUUUUGCAAGAUCUGGCGGUUUGCAUUCUUCAAUCACAUCGAUGCCAUGCAGCGGGUUGUUGUACACAAGAUGAAGCGUACCUGACUGUCUUUAGGACACUUAUCUGCUUAUAUAAGAUACAUCUCUUUGUUUUCUUUCACCAAUAAUCUGCAAGUAUAUGUGCUUGUAGUGUGAUAGAUUGGCUUGUACGUAGUUGUAUGAUGAGACCAAUGUCCAACAGAAUUGUAUUAGUUUUUAUUCUC